AUGUUGACUUCUGCUCAUGAAACUGAGGAAGGAAUCCCAGUAGAUGAUCCUGAUUUUUUUACUUUGGACCGCAAGUGGUCUUUGUUAAAUUUUUUGCUAUUUCGACAACAAUGUACUGAUUUCCGUGCCGACAGAUGUGGAGAACACAACCGAUAUGUUCGUAGCCUCGCAAGUAUUAUCAGCUAUGAACAAGCAUCCACAGAAUUGAUUGAACGGGCUAGCGACGCGCUUAGUUUGAAGGAUUAUCCAAAAGAAAGCGAAACAGAAAUUGUUAAUACCGAGCAAAACUCAGAGGAAAGUGAUACAAAAGUGAUUAAUGCCAAACAAAAUUCAGAGGAAAAGGAUGAGUAUCAGACUUAUGAACGUGAAUUGAUGCCCUGCCCUAUAACUCGGAAUCCUUUAAUUAUAACACCAAACAAACCAAUUAUAACAAGAACAACCUACAAUCAAAUUUCAACGCAUAUAAUUUGUGCCUUCAACGCAACAGUACAUCUUGUUAAGGAAACAACAGAAAAGACUUUAUAUGAAGAAAUCGAAAAAUUUCUCAGGAUGAGAAACAAACUGAUUUUAAAAAGUUCAAUAACUAAAAAACUUGGUGUAAUCUUCCAGACAGAUUAUUCAGAAAUUAUUACGAAAACAAUGAUAGAGACAGAAAAUGAAAAAGAUAGCGAAACAAGCGAGGAAUCUAGGUUUCUUUUUUUUAUAAGGCACACCUUACUAGAUUUUGUUGCAAUGUUCAAGUAUCUAUCACCUAAGGUUUUAGUUCGGGAUAUGUCUGAAAGAUCAUACAUUGUUGAAUGCCUUUCGCCGAUUCUUCGUGCAUUCAGAAAUGCAUUUCCCAAUGUGAAAUAUGAGUGGAUUGAAAAGGAUGUCAAAUCAUUAAGAGAUGCGAGCAAUAUGUUUAUGAUUGAUGUGAGACCCCAAAAAGCUGAUCUGCUAGUUUUGAGGUUAACAGAUGCAACUGAAAUUUUAUAUAUUGAGGUGUCUGGGCCACCUUAUAAACCCAACAAAAAACAUACAGUCGGGGAUGCAAAAAAAUUACUCAUGAUAGCUAUUUGUAAUUUGUGCAGAAUACUUUCAAAUAACUUUGAUUGUCCAAUAGAUGAUGCCAAGAAAGUCAGGUCAUACAGUAUUCAAGCAAUUGGAGACCGGUUAACUCUGUUUGCCAUUUCCCUUGUUGAUAAAAAAAAAAAAACUUCAGAAAAAAUUCGUUCUUUCAUUCCUUCGGUUGGCGGUGAUAUUGAAGGUUUACGAGAAUGGAUACAUUUACCUGAUGAUGAUUUAACGCCUGCAACGGAAGAUGAUAUAGAUGAACUCUCUUUAUAUGGUACUCAAUAA